GGUUUAUAGUUUAUCGAACCGCAUGCCUCAAAUCAUCACUAGAAGUGCAUGUUGGCAAAAAAGAAAAAAAAGAAAAGAAAAGAAAGUGCAUAGAAACAUUAUAUUAUUGACAGGGUUGAGAUGUGCAUGGGAUUGGCGUAUAGGCAGGUAGACGGAACAAACGUCCGAAUCAACGAGGGAGGAGCUUAGUUGAAAAAAGUUCCACGUGGCUUGAGUAACGCAGACGGACACGCAGUGCAGGGAAACUGGGUAGAGCAAAGCUGCAAACGAAGUAGCCACACGUCUCGGCAAGGCCACUGCCAACUUCUCCGUCCUUCUCUCUCUGUUAUUCUCGAAUUAGCAAAUUCCACAAUGCGGAGUGAUGCUGAGGCUUCGUCAACAUUUUAAUUUGUUUUUUAAACGGAAACUCCUUUCCCUUCUCCCUCUCUCCCCCUCUCUUAUAUUUUGCAUCCCUCCUCAUUCACUCUCUUUUCUCUUAUUGCCCCUCCUGGGAGCCUUCCUCUCUCUCCGCCAUUUUCUCAUUUCACAAAUAUAAGUACCCCUCUCUCUCUCUCUCCGCUUUUCUUCUUUUGCAAGAGUGGAGGAUGUGAGGCCCUUUGUUUUCCUCCUUGCAUGAUAUGAGUGCUUGUUCUUCUGCCCUACUGUAAAGCCAGCAGAGCUGAAGCUAUCUAUUUACGCGACGUAAUGUCUGGACCUCUGUCUCCCAAAUCAGGUAAAGUAAUCGAGGAGGCAUCUGGUACCCCUGCUUAGCUAGUAGAAAUGUACAAUUUUAUGACAAGAGCAGAAUGUACCCGCUCUUUAGAAACUCAAUCAUUCGGGAAUUGUUUUUUCAUCCUGCAUUGCAGAAAGUGCUGCUCAUUGCAUUCACAUAUAAUUUUCCCCCCAGCUCUUGAAAAUUCUGAUUCUAGGUCUUUCGAGAAGAAAGCCAUGAGCGCCUCGAACAUGCUCAGGAAUUCUUUGACAAGAAAGGGCAAGCGAAGUAGCAAGGUCAUGUCUGUGGAAAUAGAAGAUGUCCAUGAUGCUGAGGAGCUGAAGGCUGUUGAAAAUUUUCGUCAAGCUCUUGUGUUGGAUGAACUACUCCCUGCGAAGCACGAUGAUUAUCACAUGAUGCUCAGAUUCCUGAAGGCCAGGAAAUUUGAAACUGAUAAAUCAAAGCAAAUGUGGUCCGACAUGCUCAAUUGGAGGAAGGAGUUUGGUGCUGACACAAUCCUGCAGGAUUUUGAUUUCAAAGAACACAGUGAAGUCUUGAAAUAUUAUCCUCAGGGACAUCAUGGAAUAGAUAAAGAUGGAAGACCUGUGUACAUUGAGAGAUUGGGCCUGGUAGAUGCCACUAAGCUGAUGCAAGUUACAACCAUGGAUCGCUACAUCAAAUACCAUGUACAGGAGUUUGAAAAGACAUUUGAUAUAAAGUUCCCGGCUUGUUCGAUUGCUGCAAAGAAGCACAUUGAUCAAAGCACUACCAUUUUAGAUGUGCAAGGAGUGGGGCUUAAAAACUUUAGUAAGGCAGCCAGGGAACUUGUUACUUGCCUUCAAAAGGUUGACGGCGACAAUUAUCCAGAGACCUUGAAUCGCAUGUUCAUCAUCAAUGCAGGUUCUGGAUUCAGAAUGUUGUGGAACACUGUGAAGUCCUUCCUUGAUCCUAAGACCACAGCAAAAAUCAAUGUUCUGGGCAACAAGUUCCAGGGCAAAUUGCUUGAACUAAUUGAUGCCAGUGAGUUACCAGAGUUCUUAGGAGGUACUUGUACAUGUGCUGAUCAAGGAGGCUGUAUGAAUUCUGAUAAGGGUCCAUGGAAAGAUCCAGAAAUAAUGAAAAUGGUUCAGAAUGGCGAUCAUAAAUGCUCAAGGAAAAGUGAGUCUCAUUCUGUGGAAGAGAAGACAGCUUCUCCUAAGAAGUCUUCCAUCACGGACCACUCUGAUCGCCCACAACCAUCUCCUGCUCGUGAUGAGGUCCCCGCUAAGCGAGCCAGCAAGAAAGAGGACAUUAUCCCAGUGAGUGAUAAAACUGCUGGGAAGAAAGUAGAAGAUAAUGUUAAAUUUGAAGCAUCUAGAGAGUUUAUGGCUGUGAUGAAACGCAUGGCUGAGUUGGAAGCGAAAAUGAGCACUAUGAACAAACCCGCUUCAUUGCCGCCCGAGAAGGAGGAAAUGCUGAAUGCCGCUAUAUCCCGAGCUGAUAUUUUGGAGCAAGAACUUAAUGCCACAAAGAAGGCUUUGGAGAGUUCCCUUGCACGACAAGAGGAGCUUUCGGCUUAUGUUGAGAAGAAGAAGAAGAAGAAGAAAUUGUUCGCCUGGUGAGGGAGAAAUGGUAAAUUUUCAUAGAUGCGACGUGCACCGGGAAGGGAAUUAAUUUGUACUUGGUAGAGAUUUCCCGUCUGGUCUGUUUAAUUUUCAUCAAGCGGACUACUACUGUGAAAGUGAUGCCUCUCUAUAUAUACUUAUAUACAUAAUGAAAAUUUUGACCUCAAAUAUUAUUGUCUUUUACUUUUCUAGUCGUAAAAAACCUUGCAAAGCCUGUCAAUUUUGUUGCUAGACAGCGGCUGCAGUGGUAAUCAUAUCUUAGGAUGUUUCAAAUAAACAUAUAUAAACAUCCAAAUGCCCAUG